AUGGACGGUUCAAAGCCCGGAGGCGCUAAGAAGAUGGGACUCGCAUCGUAUGGUCGCAGCGUGAGUGCGAAAGAAAACACGGUUAUACUUGCGGCGUCUGCGACAACCCCGCCGCCUGCGACAACCCCCACGAAAACUCCUCCCAUGCGUCGGAAUCAUACUUACGGCGACCUGAACGACGCCUCUGCGACAACUUCUUCCAUGCGUCGCAAUCGUACUUACGGCGACCUGAACGAAGCCUCUGCGACAAUUUCUCCCAUGCGUCGCAAUCGAAAAUCCGGUGAUCUGAACGACGCGCCUGCGACAGCUCCUCAAAUGCGUCGGACUCGCACCUUCAGCGACGUGAACGACGCCUCUGCGACAGCUUCUACGAUGCGUCGCAACCAUACCUUCGGCGACUUGAACGACGCCUCUACGACAAAUCCCACCAUUCGUCGCAACCUUACCUUCAGCAACCUGAACGACGCAUACGGCAGCGCGGUUCCGGCUCCCGCCAUCGACUUCCGAGCCUGGCUCGCGGACCAGGUUCGGUUCAGCCAGAGCCUACGCAUUCCCGAACCACCGCAGAAGGCCUGGUUAAUCGACAAGCUGGGACCGCUUAAGGCGCUGGCACGCGUGGGAAUGAAAAAAGCCACGUGUACAUUCGCAAUGCACGUUCACGGAGUCGAUGACCUUCCGACAACCAUGGAAGGAAAAGAGCUUAUCGUGCAAUGGCAACGACGGGGAAUGUCUAUUGGAAGUAGCUCAAUGACAGUCCAACGAGGCGUGGCGAAACUGGAGCAGACGUUAACGAUAAAGUCUUCCGUCUACUACACCGCCGGAUCUCAGCAGUCCGUCAAGUUUCAGUCGAAGAAGUCGACGGUCGCGGUUCAGCUGUUAAAAUCCGUCGGAUUUGGAUACGAGUCGGAGAUUGCAAACCAUUCUGUCAACCUGGCGAGUUUCCUGCCGUCAAAACUUCGUCCCGUGACGGAAGGGGAGCCGCAGACGUUAACGUUUAAACUCACCGGCCCGGCUGACGGAGCCGUCUUGGUGGCGACGUUUGGUUAUGAGUUGAACCUCGGCAAGGGACAACCGAUUGUCGCACGGGUGGAUACCAAAUCGUUUCGCCAGUUCGCCGCCAGCGUCGCAGAAGCGUCGCCCGCUCCGAGCGAGGCGUUGUUUUCGAGCAGCCCGCCUGACAGCCCGUCGUCGUACGGCUCCAGCCCGUCGCACAGCUUCGCUGACGAAUUUUCGCCACGGCCGCGCGAACUCUCGCUGGCAUUACCGGAUUUGCCCAUGGGUCACGCUCGGAGCGCGAGUUACGGAUACGGCUUUAAAGUCACCACCCCGAGCACCAUGCGACCGGUGAUAGAAGAAGAAUACGAAGGAAUCGAGUCUAAAGAAGAAACAAGUCCUAAAGAUGCGGUGACAAACAAAUACUUGGGAGAACAUUUCAGUCAGUGGAACGUGGGGGAUGGAGGAAGGGAAGGAGGGAAUGGAGAAAGGGAAGGAGGGAAUGGAGGAAGGGAAGGAGGGAAUGGAGAGGCGGCCGAGGAAGUGGCAGAGGCCGAGGAGGGAGAGGUGGAAGAGGAAGAGGAAGAGGAGGAGGAAGAAGAGGAGGAGGAAGAGGAGGAAGAGGAGGAGGAAGAGGAGGAGGAAGAAGAGGAGGAAGAAGAGGAGGAGGCGGAGGAGCAGGUGAAAGAGGUGGUUGCAAUGGAGGGUAAUGGUAGCGCGACGCGACUAGGGUCCGUGGUUGCCAUUGGGGAAAGGGGAGAAGGAACGUGGGGCGGCGACGCGGGGACAGAGGCGGGAUACUUGUUGCUGGCAGAGGGUGGGAGGAUGGAAGCGAGGGGAAUCAACAUAGGAGAUAAUGAUGGGAGAAGCGAGGAAAUCGCGAGGGAAAGGGUGGAGGGGACGGAGGAGGAGGCGGGUGUGGAGGAAGGGAGUUCGGUGGUUGAGGGGAAUGGCUCUUGCAGUGGGAGGUCUGAGAGUGAGGGGAAAUCUGAGAGUGCGAAUGAGCCUGAGAGUGAGGGGAGGCCUGAGAGUGAGGGGAGGCCUGAGAGUGAGGGGAGGCCUGAGAGUGAGGGGAGGCCUGAGAGUGCGAAGGAGUGUGAGAGUCAAGAGGGCUCUGUGAGUGAGAAGAAGUCUGAGAGUGAGGGGAGGUCUCGUAAAACCGGCGGUCUUUCGCGUAUGGCGGAAGCAAUUUUGGAGUUUGAGCGGACCGUUAGCGAACAGGAGAAGCAGCUCUUAGCGGAGCAAGAGGCAAGAGCGAACUUUGGAUCAGUAUUGGACGGUCGGAUUGACUCCGAGGAGGAAAGGAUCAACGGUGCUACUUUGGCCGAGGAAAUCUACCCUGUGGAUGCGGCUCCUGCGAAGGAGCAAGCGACUGGAGAUGGGGUUACCGGGUUACCAGCCACAGUGGCAUCAGCAGCUGCUGUUCUGAAUUCGCCCGCAUCCGUUCUUCUGGAGCCCCAGGACUCGGUAUCAGGCAGCGAUAGCGCCCGCAGCUUUGUGCUUGAUGAUACGAACUCGGAUACCAUGGAGGAGGGAGGGGAGAGUGAGGAAGGCGGAGUUGGGAGGAGUGAAGGGAGGAGCGAGAGAGAGGAGGUUAGGGUGGGGAAGGAAGGGGAAGAGGAGGAAGAAGAGGAGGUGAGUAGUGAGCGGAGAGAUGAGGAGGGAGUGGAGGAAGAGGGGGAUCGAGACGGGGCUAAAAGGGUGUGUGGGGAGCGAGAGAGCGAGGGAGCCGUGGAGAGCGGUGGAGAUGGGGAGGGAGUGGUCGCGGAAGAGGGAGUGGAAGAGGAAAGAGGUGGUGGGGAAUGCGAGGGAUUGACCACGGACCCUCUCCUCCUCGCCCUCCCGAAUUCCAACGCCCCUCCUCCGCUCCUGGACGGGAUGGGGUCGGCUAUAGCGCUGCAGGGAGGGGGGUUCUUAGCGUCCAUGUCGGGGCGGCACUUUGGGGAGGGGGCCACGCGGCUGGUGAUGCAAUUCUCCCGCCCCAUGGUCAUCCCGUCAGAACUAGCAUCGUUAGAUUCCUUAGGGUCAUCCGAAGCAGGCUCUUCCAAGCUCCUGCCUCUCCCUUCUGGAAGUGCUACUGCUACUGCUGCCACUGCUGCUGCUGCUGCUGCUGCUGCCGCUGAUUCCUCCUCAGUGCUCCCGCUCCUGCAGCGCCUAGCAGCGGCCUCUGCAGCGGAUCCCUCCGCCCCUUCCCUCACAGACCAAGUCCUUGCGCUCAUGCCCCUCCCAGACAUCAGCGGCAAGCCUCUCGAACAAAUCGCUGCUGAGGGAAUGGCUUAUAUCGAAGGAGGGUGGAACUGGGAGGGAGGAUUGGGAGGUUCGGGAGGGUCGGGAGGAGUUGGAGGAUUGGCGGGAGGGGUUAGAGGGAGUUUGGAGGGGCAGGAGGAGAGAGCGGGAGGAGGGUACCUGCAAGGGAGCCAGGGAGGCUACCUGGAGGGGCACCUGGGAGGAUACCUGGAGGGCGGUUCAGGUGGUUCUUCAGGUGCUAUCAUCAGCCGUGGCAGCUCAUCUGUGGUCUCAGUCUCCCACUCUUCCUCUGCCCUCUCCUCCUCUGCCUCCUCUGCCUCCUCUGCAUCCUCUGCCUCCUCUGCCUCCUCUGCUCUGGCUGUGAGGCGGGCACAGGCAGCAGCAGCGCUGGCUCGCCUAAGGCGCCGAGGACAGCACCUACUGGGCAGCAGCAGCGGAGGAGGAGGAGGAGGAGGAGGAGGAGGAGGAGGAGGAGGAGGAGCAGGAGGAGAAGGGGAGAAGGAUCAGACUCCAGGGGAGUGUGAAGAGGAGGAGGAGGUGGAUAGGGAACUGAGACAGGCCCUUGCGCUGAUUGGCAAGAGCGGAGGAAACAUGGUUCUAGCUGGUAGGGGUGGUAGGGUUGGUACGGCUGAUGGCACAGGUAGGGCUCUAGCUAUAGGCAGGGGUGCAGCAGGGAAUAACAUGGUUCCUGGUACGGCUGGGAUGGGAGCCGGAAUGCUGGCUGGUGCUUUUGAGGGAGUGGGAAAGGGAGAGGGAGAGGGAGAGGAGGAGGAGGAGUAUGUGGGCUUGGGAGAGCUGGGGGCGUUGGCUGUGGAGCAGAUUGAAGCUUUGCUGGUGGAGGGGCUGAGAGUGCAGAAUGAACAAAGCGAGUUGCACGCUCCAGGGGCUAUUACCCUGGGAGAAUCCGGGCAGUUGGGGUACUCUGCGGGUUACCCUGCGGGUUAUGUGACUGGCGGGGCGAGGGGUGUUCUGGGCGGUGCUGGUUACCAGGUUAGUGGAAACCAGAUUGCUGGUAACCAGACUGAUGGUUACAUUGGGGGAGGUGGGCAUAGGGGGCUGCUCGGGGCGGCGCUGACAGUGGAGGAGUGGCAGCAGCUGGAUGCAGGGGUGUGGGAUGCGGUGGAGUCCGAUAGAGAUGCUUUAGAGGUGCUGCGAGCACACUGCAAGGCGCAUGGCAUAGCAGGGCUGCUGGAGGGGAGUGAGGGGGACGAAGGGAAGCAGAUGGUGCUGCGCGGUGCAGAUGGGUUCGGAGGGCAAUUGGUGCCUGCAGGGAAUGUAGAUGCUGCAGGCUGCUUGGCUGUAGGAGGCUUGGGGAGUCAAUCUAGGCACAUGGUGGGGAGCUAUGGAAGGGGAAUGGGGCUGACCGCCAGCCAAGGGAACACCGUAACAGGGGGUUUGGUGGGGAGCAGUGUAACAGGGGGUGUGGCAGGGAGUAGAGUAACAGGGGGUGUGGUUGGUAACCCUGUAACAGGGGGAAUGCUAGGAGACAGCGUGACAGUGGCCAUGCUGGUUCAACUGAGGGAUCCUCUAAGGAAUUUUGAGCCGGUGGGAGCACCCAUGAUGGCGCUGCUGCAAGCAGAGAGAGAACCAACACUUGCACCGUCACCAGCUGCUGCUGCUGCUGCUGCUGCUGCUGCUGCUGGUUUGGGUGGUCCCAUCUCUGCUGCUCUUGGCAGUGCUGCCCUUGGCAGCAGCGGCCAGGCCUCUCUGGGGAAUCAGCAGCAUCAAGCCCUAAUAGAAGGCUAUCAUGCUCAGGGCCUUAUGGAGGAAGCUGCCUCUCCCAUCCCUGGUGGCUCUGUCAGUCAUGCAGAUAAUGCCACCAGGGCCCAGCUUUCCUUGGAGUAUUCUGCAGUUGAUGCUGCCAGCCCAGCACAGGGGGCGCUACAGCCGUGGCAUGGUGCCAGCUCAGCGCCAGCAGCGCUACAGCCGCGGAAUGAUGGCACAGCCACAGGCCGCCGCAGCCAUAUUACCUCGGCUGCCUCUCAUCCAUUUUCAGGUCCAACUCCCACGCUCCCCUCCACCGCCCCACCCCGAUUCAAGCUCAAAGCAGUGCACGUCGCAGGGCUAAAGGCUGAAGAGGCACCAGGGAGGGGAUGGGGGUCGCAGAAGCAAGCACAGGCAGGGGGGAGGUGGCUGGCUGCGAACGGCAUGGGGAAGAAGCAGCAGGGGAAGGGCGGUGGAAGUGGGCUGUUUGGGAAGCAUGCUAAGCCGGCUAAGGUGACUGUGAAGCCUGGGGAUACCCUGUGGAGUCUUUCCCAGAAGGUUCAUGGGAGUGGGAUGAAGUGGACGGAAGUGGUGAAGCUGAAUCCGCAGAUCCGGAACCCGGACCUGAUCCUUCCGAGCCAGAAGAUUCGGAUGAGGAGAUGA